AGCUGAGCAGGAAGGUCAGCUGAACAGAUCCACGCCCACCUUGAGAGAGGAGAGAAAAACAGGGCGGAUUAAGUAGAAGGAGGAAGGAGAUUGCUCACAUUUAUUUCAGGACAAGAGACGUUUGGCGGGACAUUUUGCAGAUUUAAAAGAUGAGCUACCCUGGAUACCCGCCCGGACCAGGGGGAUACCCGCCCGGACCAGGGGGAUACCCGUCAGCACCAGGGGGAUACCCGCCUGCACCAGGAGGAUACCCGCCAGCCCCAGGGGGAUACCCGCCAGCCCCAGGGGGAUACCCGUCAGCACCAGGGGGAUACCCGUCAGCACCAGGGGGAUACCCGCCUGCACCAGGUGCUAAUCCCUGGGGUCCCAAUCCUGCUAAUCCAACUCUACCCAUCGGACUAGAUGUUUUUGGAAACAUGUCUGCUCAGGCCAAUCCCUCCAAUUUGACAGGAAUGGUUGACAGCCUAUCGAACGUGUUAAAACCACAUAUUUCUGGACCUCCCAAUUUUGGGCCUGGGGGAUUUGGAGCACCUCCCAAUCAGCAGCCAACUCAAUAUGGAAUGUAUCCACAAGGCCAAGGAAGUCAGCCUGGCGCUCCCUCGUACAAUCCAGGAUAUCCUGGUUCUAACCCAGGGUUUCCGACAUCCUCAGGCCCGACAGCGAGCUACCCCUCGGGCCCGACAGCGAGCUACCCCUCGGGCCCGACAGCGAGCUACCCCUCGGGCCCAACACCAGGCUACGGGGCUAGUCCAUCUCAAGGUUAUACCUCCAACUCUUCAGGUGGUGCAAAUGUAACUCCCUCUGUAGCACCAGUAAAGCUUGUGAACCGGGCGACUCUAAGAGAUGCUGCAGGAUUCGAUGCCCUGAGGGAUGCUGAAGUUCUAAGGAAAGCUAUGAAAGGAUUUGGCACGGAUGAACAAGCCAUCAUUGAUGUAGUUGCUCAUCGUUCGAAUAAGCAGAGGCAGCAGAUUGUCCUGUCCUUUAAAACGGCUUAUGGAAAGGAUUUGAUAAAGGAGCUGAAGUCUGAGUUGUCAGGUAAUUUUGAAAAGGCAGUUCUGGCACUGCUGAAGCCCUCCAUACUUUUAGAUGCAAUUGAGCUGAAGGAGGCAAUCAAGGGCGCUGGUACAGAUGAGCAGUGUCUGAUCGAGAUCUUGGCAUCCCGCUCCAAUGCAGAAAUCCACUCUAUCAACAGCGCUUACAAAGCAGAGUUUAAAAAGACCCUGGAGCAGGACAUCAAGAGUGAUACAUCGGGACACUUUGAAAGACUACUGGUCUCCCUUGUUCAGGGUAACAGAGAUGAAAGCCAACACGUGGAUAUAACGCUUGUUAAAAAGGAUGCUCAGGAUUUAUAUAAUGCAGGAGAAGGGCGUAUGGGAACAGACGAGUCGAAGUUUAAUGCCAUCCUGUGUGCAAGGAAUAGAUCCCACCUGAAAGCAGUGUUUGAGGAGUAUCGGCAGGUUUGUAAAUACGAUAUUGAGAAGACAAUCUGCCGGGAGAUGUCUGGGAACCUUGAGAGGGGCAUGUUGGCAGUAGUGAAAUGUCUGAGAAAUACUCCAGCCUUUUUUGCUGAAAGACUCUACAAGUCAAUGAAGGGUUUGGGGACAGAUGACAGAACACUGAUUCGCAUCAUGGUGUCUCGUUGCGAGGUCGACAUGUUAGAUAUUCGGGCUGAGUUCAAGAGGACAUAUGGGAAGUCGCUGUACUCAUUCAUAUCGGACGACACUUCUGGAGAUUACAGGAAGCUCCUUUUGCAGCUGUGUGGCUCGAAUGACUAAGAAGGACGCAAAUGGUUGAGGUGGCGGAGAGUCUGAUGCAGUUUCUCCAAAAGCAAAGCUUGAUCCGUCAAAGCAUAAAAGCUUCUGUCUCUUCCUUAUAUUGAUUUAUUCUGUUACGUAUUGGCUUGUAAAUGUAAUCCAAUUUUAUCAGCAUUUUCAAGUAUGUUUGUUCCGCUAAGGUUUAUGAGUAAGUGCAUUUUCACUUUCCAGGGCAUUUUAUAACCAUCGGGACAGUUAUUAACUCCCUCCCAUUUACACCUUUAAGUUUCUCAAUAAGUAAAAUACUCCAGCUGUCAAAAAUCACAUGUGUAGUUGCCUCAAAGAAAUUGAACUUAACAAAUUGCUUUAAGAGAGCUGAAUGGUCUGUAUUUUAUAAAUGCUUUUUCUAAAGCUGGUUGCCACCUGCUGUUGCAGAUUAAACUAGGCUGCCCUUGUUUUUGCAUUCUUGUUCAGAGGUUCUAAUGUAACAGACAACAAGAAAUUCCUACAGUUUCCUAACAUUCUUCACUCAAGUGCACAAGGAUGAUUUUUGGUUUUAGAAGCUGCACUGUUUGCAGAAUUGGAACACACCAAGAACUUUGCAUCCUCAGUGUGAUUGCCACUGUUUGCAAUCGUGCCAAAAUGGACCUGUUUGUUCAAUCCAAGGGCAGAAGCCUGCUGUCUGAAGCAUCAUUUAUUUGCCCAGAAACAAGAGUUUGCAACAAUGACAUACAGCCCAAACCUACCUGUACUUGUUCAGAUGCCAACAGAAAGAUUUGUUUCAUGAACCUACAGUUACGGGUUUAGCUUCCUGACCAAAGAAUCUACCAAUGACCCCUCAUCCUGCUGGGGUUUCUCACAAUGCAGCAGGACCACCAGGUUAAGAGUUACGCAAACCUGGCUGGCUCUUCUUGCUGAAAGUUUGUUAUUAAUGGUGAAUGAGGGUGUCUGAAAGUAAGGGCCCUUGUCAUGUGCUAAAAAUGUAAAUGAAACAAAAAUAAAUGCUAUGUAAUCAAUUCAAAA